AUGGCGGCCCAUGGCCUUGUUUGUAGUGGUGUAAGACGUAGAAUCGGGAAUGGUGCUAAUACUUUGGCCUGGGGUGAUCCGUGGUUACUUGAUACUAAUAGUCCUGUGGUCAACACUAUUAUGCCCCCGCAUCUCAGUGGCCCUGUGGUUCAGGGUUUGAUUGAUCCCGUUACGGGUUCCUGGGAUUUACCACUACUGUGUGACAUUUUUGAUCAGUCGAAUGUGGACCGUAUUGUUGGAAUUCCCAUUAGCCCUACGUUUGAGGAUUCUUGGUAUUGGUUUGGUGACCCGAAGGGGUGUUAUUCUGUUAAGCAUGGUUAUAGAGUUCUUGUGGGUGAGUGUACAGUGCUACCUCCUGGGUUUCAUUCCUGGGCCAAACAUCGAAAAUUAAAGGUUCCCCCGAAAUGGAAAAAUUUCUUAUGGAGAGCUAUUAGAAACAUCCUACCCACCACCACAAAUUUGUUAAAUAGAAGAGUGGAUGUGUCACCUGCUUGUCCCAUGUGUGGGGAGUUUAAUGAAGAUGUAUUGCAUGCCUUGUCUCUGUGGACGUCUCUGGAUGCUACACAGUUGGAUUUGUUUGUUGCUGUUCUUCAUAGCAUUUGGUUGGCAAGGAACCGGGCUGUAUGGGAGGCUGCCAUGCCUGCGCCUCGCGCUGUUUGGAGGGCUGCUGCUCGUGCGUGCACAGACUGGAGGUCCGCUACCGCACUGCAUACUCCAGCGUCACCAACUCCUAUGCAAAUUCCGGUGGUGCCGCUGCCUCAGGCUUCAUUGUCUUCAUCAGUUCAGCUUUGCUAUGUUGAUGGGGGAUUUAAUGCUCAUACGAGUGAAGCAGUUUUUGGUGCAAUUCUACUGUCCUCUUCAGGGUCUUUCGUGGCUGCAGUAAAUGGACCUCUUAAUCACUGUCUUAAUCCUAUGAUGGCCGAGUCAAUGGCGUUUCGGGAAGCUUUAGCAUGGUUGAGAGGAAAGAACAUUGGUUCCGUGUGUUUCUUCUCGGAUUGCAUCAACCUUGUGAACAACAUAUCUGCUCCUAUGAUUCAUGAUAGGUCUUACGCUGGCAUUAUUCUUGCCCAAUGCAGGAGGCUUUUAAAUUUAUUCACUGUUUGCUCUUUACACUAUGUUCCUAGAUCUUCCAAUUUUUUUGCUCAUUCUCUUGCUACAGCAGCCUAUUCUCAGGCUAACACUCUGUUUUGGGACUCUGUCCCUCCUUUUAUUUCUAUCAAUAUAUAG